AUGGCGGCGACUACGAACGGAAGUUGGCAGCCUCAAGAAGAAGGGUUCAAAGAGAUCUGUGGAUUGAUAGAGCAGCAGAUAUCGCCGUCUCCUGAUAAGACGGAGGUUUGGAAGAAGCUUCAGCACUAUUCUACUUUCCCCGAUUUCAAUAAUUACCUUGCCUUCAUUUUCGCUCAUGCUGAGGGGAAGUCAGUGGAUAUUCGGCAGGCUGCUGGACUGCUUCUGAAAAAUAACCUUAGAACAACCUUCAGUUCGAUGCCUCCGGCAAAUCAGCAGUAUAUUAAGGCAGAGUUAUUACCUUGUUUAGGUUCAGCUGAUAGACAUAUUAGGACUACGGCUGGAACUAUUAUCACUGUUCUUAUUCAGAUAGGGGGUGUUGCUGGUUGGCCUGAGUUGCUACAUGCUCUUGUGAAGUGCUUGGACAGUAAUGAGGUGAACCACAUGGAAGGUGCCAUGGAUGCUCUGUCUAAGAUUUGCGAGGAUGUCCCUCAAUUGCUGGAUUCAGAUUAUGCUGGAUUAUCAGAAAGACCCAUUGAUGUUUUCCUCCCAAGAUUUCUUCAGCUUUUCCAAUCUCCAAAUGUUUCUUUAAGGAAGCUUUCUUUGAAUUCUGUGAAUCAGUACAUCAUGUUAAUGCCAAAUGUUUUAUACGUGUCGAUGGAUAAAUACUUGCAAGGUUUGUUUGUACUUGCAAAUGAUCCUGCUGCUGAGGUGCGGAAGUUGGUUUGUUCUGCAUUUGUUCAAUUGAUUGAUGUUCGCCCAGAUAUUUUGGAGCCACAUCUGAGGAAUGUUAUCGAAUAUAUGCUACAAGUCAACAAGGACCCUGAUGAUGAAGUCGCUCUUGAAGCCUGUGAAUUUUGGUCAGCUUAUUGUGAUGCUCAGUUGCCACCUGAGAACUUGAAGGAAUUCUUACCACGUCUUCUUCCUGUUUUACUCUCAAACAUGGCCUAUGCUGAUGAUGACGAAUCGCUGCUUGAUGCGGAGGAAGAUGGAUCUCUUCCAGAUAGAGAGCAGGAUCUGAAGCCUCGUUUUCAUGCAUCACGUUUCCAUGGAGCCGAGGAUGGAGAAGAUGAUGAUGAUGAUGACACUGUCAAUGUCUGGAAUUUGCGGAAAUGCAGUGCUGCUGCGCUGGAUGUUCUCUCUAAUGUUUUUGGUGAUGAAAUACUCCCCACAUUGAUGCCAAUUAUUCAGUCAAAUUUGGGCAACUCUGACGAUGCUGCAUGGAAAGAAAGAGAGGCUGCUGUUUUAGCAAUUGGUGCAAUAGCUGAGGGUUGCAUUAAUGGACUUUAUCCUCAUCUUUCCGAUAUAGUUUCUUUCCUCAUCCCUCUUUUAGAUGACAAGUUCCCUCUUAUCCGGAGCAUCUCCUGUUGGACGCUGUCACGUUUCAGCAAAUUUAUUGUGCAUGGUUCUGGUCUCCAAGAGAGUGGUGAGAGAUUUAGUGCAGUUCUUAUGGGCCUUUUGCGAAGAAUACUGGAUGAUAACAAGAGGGUGCAGGAAGCUGCUUGCUCAGCUUUUGCUACCCUGGAAGAGGAAGCAGCAGAUGGAUUAACUCCACUCUUGGAAGUAAUUUUGCAGCACUUGAUGUGUGCCUUUGGAAAAUAUCAGAGGCGGAACCUUAGAAUAGUAUAUGAUGCUAUAGGAACUUUAGCAGAUGCUGUUGGAGGGGAAUUGAAUCAGCCUAAGUUUCUAGAAAUCUUGAUGCCCCCAUUGAUUGCCAAGUGGCAGCAACUUUCAGACUCUGACAAAGAUAUUUUUCCAUUGCUUGAGUGCUUUACAUCAAUCGCUCAGGCAUUGGGUAUGGGAUUUUCGCAAUUUGCGCAACCUGUAUUUCAGAGGUGCAUUAAUAUCAUCCAGACCCAACAAUUGGCAAAGAUUGACCCUUCUUCGGCGGGGGUCCAGCCUGAUAAGGAGUUUGUUGUUUGUUCUUUGGAUCUUCUCUCUGGACUUGCCGAAGGACUUGGAAGUGGAAUAGAAAGUUUGGUGUCCCAGAGUAGUUUGAGGGACUUACUCCUGCAGUGCUGCAUGGACGAUGCGUCUGAUGUUCGACAGAGUGCUUUUGCAUUGUUGGGGGACAUUGCAAGGGUUUGUCCGAUUCAUUUGCAUUCCCGGUUGGCGGAAUUCCUUGAUGUCGCAGCAAAGCAGCUGAACACUGAAAAGCUGAAAGAGAAUGUCUCAGUUGCUAACAAUGCAUGUUGGGCAAUUGGAGAACUAGCAAUAAAGGUUCAAAAAGAUAUGUCUUCAGUGGUGAUACCUGUAAUAAGUUGCCUAGUGCCAAUACUUCAACAUCCCGAUGGUCUAAAUAAAUCACUUCUUGAAAAUAGUGCAAUCACACUUGGUCGUCUUGCUUGGGUUUGCCCAGAACUUGUUUCACCCCAUAUGGAGCAUUUCCUGCAACACUGGUGUAUGGCUUUAUCUCUGAUUCGUGACGAUGUUGAGAAGGAGGAUGCCUUCCGUGGUUUAUGUGCAAUGGUUAAGACCAAUCCGUCCAGUGCUUUGAAUUCACUUGUUUAUAUGUGUCAAGCUAUUGCUAGUUGGCAUGAAAUCAGGAGCAAGGACUUGCACAAUGAAGUGUGCCAGGUUCUGCAGGGAUACAAACAAAUGCUCAGCAAUGGUGGCGCAUGGGAGCAACUCAUGUCUGCUCUCGACCCCCCUGUUAGGGAGAAGUUAUCAAAAUAUGGAGUAUAA